AUGGUGAGUACAGACGGAACCACCCCCUCCCAACAGAACUGUUCGAACCUCACGAACCCGGACUGAGUUCAGACUAACUAACCAGUGUUCCGGUACCGUGUUCUGAUUCUAGUCUACGAAGGUGGACUCCAGAGACCGACCAGACCGACCCAGGGAGUCCGGAGAGUCCAGAGAGUCCAGGUCCAGGACUGAUGAGAGGAGGAGUUCUAAAGGCAGAGGUAAACCUGACGAACAGAACCAGAACCAGAACCACUCAAUAGGGGAGACCGGGGUAAGAUGAGCCAAAGAAAUCAUCAGUUCAUGGAGUCUGUGUGAAGGUUCGAGGUUCGACAUGAAGUUCAUACAAACAAAGACUUUUAUCCUCCCCUCUGUGAAGUUAGAGUAGUCUGUCAUCUUCUUCAUCUUCAUCAUCAUCUUCAUCAUCUUCAUCUUCACCAUCAUCUUCAUCAUCUUCUUCAUCUUCAUCAUCCUCAGUUUGAUGAUAAACACAGAUCAGUGUCGCCCUCUGGAGCGUCCUCUGAUUGUAUAUAUUUUUAAAACAGUCCACCUCUCCUCGGUUUGUUUCAGCCUCUCUGUGAGUCUAAAGUUAUUUUAUCUCUUUGAAAAACGGUUUUAAUGUCUGAAAACACAAAUAAUUAAAGUCAGAAAAUUCACUGAAAUAUAUUUAUUUAACUUCCUGCUGAAAACCAACAAAAUCCAAAUUUAACAAACAUAUUUAUUGAUCUGGUUUGAUACUUUAGAUGUUUUUGGAAACUGAUAAACUACAAGAGGACAUUUUGAUCAUUUAUCGACUGUGUUCAGGUGUUUUUUAGUAAUUUAUUGAUCAUAUUGAUUUGAUAGACAUUAAUAAAAGUACCGUAUUUUUCACACUAUAAGGCGCACCGGAUUAUAAAGCGCAUUAAUCCAAUAAAACAGUCUGAUAAGUCGAACUUUAACUCCUUCAAUAAGUCGUCGAGGCGACGGCAGCUGCAGCGCUCCGACAGACCAUCAGGCUGUGCGGCUUUGUAGCUUACCGAAGUCGUAACCAAACAUUUUGACAGAUUUUUGAGCGCCGUGUGCGACAUAAAAGCGGUUCGAGGUCAGAAAGCACAACCAGAAUUCAAACAUGAGGACUGAUGAUUUUUGAGGAAAUGAAAGGAUUUGAAAUGAGCUUCAUAAAUACGGUACGUAUCAAAUAUGAUACAAAAGGCAAACAAGGGUUAAAUUAGUUUCAUUAAUCAGCUGUGGUUUCUCUGAGCUCCAACAUGAGGUCCUGACAGUCCACCGUUUUAUCCUGGAGGACUAAUAAAGUCUUCAUCGCAGUUCAGGGGGAACAGAGGAAGUGAAGGAGGAUCAGAGUUUACAGAUCUGUGGAUCUUCUCUUACAGACGUUCUCAUCUUCAGAUGUUCUUUUUUUACCAGUUAUAUGAAAUAAUAAUAAUAAUAAUAAAAAAGAAUGAUGGUAAAAACGGCUCAUCUUACCCCACUCUCCCCUACUGGACCAGGUUUUCUGUGGUCCCGUCCUCUCCUCUCUGGACUGACCGUCCGACAUGGAAAAGCAGUUUUUAGAAGCACCGACCUUCAUCUUCAUCAUGACUCUGUGACUGAGCUUCUGUCUCACUGUCAGCUGGUUUUAGAGCCUGUGAAUGAAAACUACAAUAAUAAUAAUUUCAUUUAGUUUUAAUCAUAAUUAAAAUCAUAUUGUGUGUGUGUGUGUGUGUGUGUGUGUGUGUGUGUGUGUGUGUGUGUGUGUGUGUGUGUGUGUGUGUGUGUGUGUGAUAAGUCUGGUUUUAUUUGUUUCUUAGUUGUUUUUUUCAGUAAUUCGCUCGUAUUUAAACCCAAAGAUCACUGAUGGUCAGAAACUCGUCUUUGUUUCACGUCUUCGUUCUGCUUUUCGUCACCUUUACUUUCACUCUUCAAACGGACUUUUGUUUCUACAGGCAGAGAAAAAAGGAAACGCAAACGCAGCCGUACUCGAUCUUCUUCGUCAUCCUCUUCCAGCUCAUCCUCUUCAUCUUCAUCUUCAUCAUCUUCAUCUUCCUCGUCGUCACACUCCUCUUCUUCAGGGUCAUCACACUCGUCCAGCCGCAGUCGGAGUUCCUCCAGCAGUGGUGGUGAGUGUCCUUUAUUUACCUUUUAAUGUGUGUGUGUGUGUGUGUGUGUGUGUGUGUGUGUACACGUGCGCUGAGAGGAGCUCUUCACCUGAAACCCAUGAGCAGUUCUCAGAUUUACUGACUCCAAAACCAGAGGGUUCUGUUGUGAGCACGACUGCUGCCUCUGUUGGUUAUGAUUAGGGGAGACCGGGGCAUGUUGUCACAUGGCUAAGUUGUCACAUUGCAAUUAUCUUUACCACCUGAGGGCGCCACUAAAAAGUGGAAUACUAGUUUUCUUCCUGUCCGUGGUCAGGGGGCGUGUCUGUCUGAGGAGAGAAGAACGUCGAUAAACCGUUUCAUACAAGUAAAAAACAUGAAAACUUUAAAAACUUUAUAUAUUUAAAAAUAAUCUUCUUCCAGAUCAAAAUCCUGGCAGUGAAACAUGUUCGAGGAGAGAUGAUCCUGUCAGACCUCAGUCCUUGUUCUGUUCUAAACUUUAAUCCAGAGUUUUAAUUAACAAACACGGUCGUUUAGAGAAACAUGUCUCAGUUAUUCUGGGGUUAGUUUUCACAUCUUUAAAAGGAUUAAAAUUAACAAAAAAAGAGUCUGAAAUAUAAUGAAACUUUGACUUUAUUUACACAGAGAACAGAGUUUUAAAGGAGAGGAGGAAGGGAGGAGACGUGGUCAGGAAAAGAAGAACAGAACAUGUCAGUUCAGUUCCUGACGUGAUGCUGAGGACAGUCAGACAGGAGACCCUCGAUAAUAAAUCAGUCUGGAGGACAAUAAAGACUUUAAUGUCGACAACCUCAGCUCUGUAAAACAUUCACCACAGCAGAAACACAGAGUCAGACAGAUCUACAGACUCCAGAGCAGGUUGAUCAUAUUUCAUAUUAACGUUUGUUUAAUAACUCAGUGAUGAACAUUUUCUGUGUCUGACUCUAAUUUUCACUUUCAGGUAAAAAAAACAAGAACAACAAUAAUUUUGUUUUAUUAGCUGUAAACUCCACUGUGACAUCUUACCCCAUGUAGGGAGACGACAUGUCACAUGAUCACACUCUCUGUAUUUGAUUGGUUAAGACUCUGCACUGACACUAGAUAUGAAAAUGACUCGGAUAUGAAGAAUAAACCUGAGACUUUGGUCUUUAGUCUGUUUAUAUCUGAUGGACUAAUUUAAAGAAAUAUACAAGAGUGUAAAAAGUGUGACAACAAGCCCCGGUCUCCCCUACAACCUAACCUUGGUAUCUAAUGCUCUCAUUCUCCUCCUGCUAUGAUUGGUCAGAACCAUCAUGCAGUGAAAACGGGUUCAGGAGUCAUUCAGUCGAAGUAUUUUGAUGAAAAUGUUUCUUCAGCCUCGGCUGUUUUUUUAGUGUAAACAUCUGUGUAAACACAGUGGGGAGACCACUGACUCAACUGGAUGGAUGGAUGGAUGAAUAAAUGGAUGGAUGAAUAGUUGGAUGGAUGGAUGGAUGGAUGAAUAAAUGGAUGGAUGAAUAAAUGUAUGGAUGGAUGAAUGAAUGGAUGGAUGGAUGAAUAAAUGGAUGGAUGGAUGAAUAAAUGGAUGGAUGGAUAAAUGGAUGGAUGGAUGAAUAAAUGUAUGGAUGGAUGGAUGGAUGAAUAAAUGGAUGGAUGGAUGGAUGAAUAAAUGGAUGGAUGGAUGAAUAAAUUGAUGGAUGGAUGGAUGAAUAAAUGGAUGAAUAGUUGGAUGGAUGGAUGGAUGAAUAAAUGGAUGGAUGGAUGGAUGAAUAAAUGGAUGAAUAGUUGGAUGGAUAAAUGGAUGAAUAGUUGGAUGGAUGGAUGGAUGGAUGAAUAAAUGGAUGGAUGGAUGAAUAAAUGGAUGGAUGGAUGGAUGGAUGGAUGAAAUGGAUGGAUGGAUGAAUAAAUGGAUGGAUGGAUGGAUGAAUAAAUGGAUGGAUGAAUAGUUGGAUGGAUGGAUGGAUGAAUAAAUGGAUGGAUGGAUGAAUAAAUGGAUGGAUGGAUGGAUGAAUAAAUGGAUGGAUGGAUGGAUGGAUGAAUAUGGAUGGAUGGAUGAAUGGAUGGAUGGAUGAAUAGUUGGAUGGAUGGAUGGAUGAAUAAAUGGAUGGAUGGAUGGAUGGAUGGAUGGAUGAAUAAAUGGAUGGAUGGAUGGAUGGAUGGAUGGAUGGAUGGAUGGAUGGAUGGAUGGAUGGAUAAAUGGAUGGAUGGAUGGAUGAAUAGUUGGAUGGAUGGAUGGAUGGAUGGAUGAAUAAAUGGAUGGAUGGAUGGAUGGAUGAUGAUAAAUGGAUGGAUGGAUGGAUGAAUAAAUGGAUGGAUGGAUGAAUAAAUGGAUGGAUGAAUAGUUGGAUGGAUGGAUGGAUGGAUGAAUAAAUGGAUGGAUGGAUGGAUGGAUGGAUGGAUGGAUGGAUGCUGCUUCUGUUGCCUAAAUCUGCAUGUGUCCUGUGAAGACGUGGACUCCAGAUGUCGCGUGUGUUCUGGUGAAGACUCUGGUCCAGUUUGUUGUGUUUGCUUGUUUUUAUAGACUCCCAAAGUAAAUCCAGAAAACCGUCCAAGAAAAGAAAAAAGGAGAAACAACAGAAAAAAGUAAUGAUUUUAUUUUUCUCAUGCAUUCAAAGAACUGACACAUAUUUCAAACCGAAUUCACCGAUAACAAAAUCCAUCUAUUUUAUUUUUAACGGGAGCAGAAAGGAAAGAAAGAGAAGCGGCGAAAACGUAAAAAAGAGAAAAAAGCCAAAGGAGAAGAAAACUCUGGACCCGUACAGAUCUCCAAGGUAACGACGACAACAAUCCUACCGUCUGUCACCCGUCCACCCAAGGACGUCAGAAACUGUCUUUAGAUUAUAAGAAGACUGUAAUGGUUGUUUUUGGUUAUAUAGAUAUAUUUGUGUAUUUGCUAAUGUGACAUUAGUCUCUACUGUCUCUUUGUAAUCCCACAGAUUAAUAAUAAUCUCACCGUCAGUCAGCUGUCGUAUUCCUGACUAACUCUGAGCGUGUUUUUCUUUCAGUACUUGAAGGACAGAAAAAAAGGAAAGUACAGUAUGAUUUCAGGGAAGAAAAUCAAGAUGAAGGUGAAGAAGUCAAAGAAAGACAAACAGGUAAAAUUCACCCUUUCAUCCUCAUGUCAGAGGGUCUCAUCGACGCUCACUCCUGCCCUCUGUUGUGUUUCAGCGGGAUAAAAACCGAGCAGAACUUCUUGACUUCUUAAACUCGACCCUGUGA